GACCACAAAGAGAAGUGGUUUCAAUAUACGAUGAUCACUUUGCCACCCUGCCAUCCAGACCUCCAUAUUUCAUCGAAGUUUAUCGCUGUGCUAAAGUUGGGGUGGGCGAAUGCAAACCUGGGCAGCAUACGUACCCGGUUCCAAACAAAACUGAAGAAAUUGAGAUAGUGGUUCCGGAUACAACAAACAAAGAUCGGGAUUCUAGGAAUGAAAAGUUUUAUAAAUAUGUGGUUUAUAAUCAUACAACUUGUACAUGUGGGAACUUAAAGUACAGGGAUAGUAGACUGUAUAAAACCAUAACUAAUAAUGAAGGUUAGUCCAUGCAAUGAACAUGUUUUGUGAUUAACGUUUUGUCGUUUUUUAGAAAAUUUCUCUAUAGUUUUAUUGUUUUGGAAACGGUCAACCUGUCAUAAAUAUAAGGAGCUAAAACUGCUAUAUUGAAUAUUAAAUUGGUAAAAUCACGUCAUUGUCAUAUAAUAAAGGUGAGUAUUACACUUUAACUUUAAUCUGUAUGAAUAUUUCUUGCAGUGUCAGAAGCUUAUUUCAAAGCGAAUUUUUCGAAAAAUCCAGUCAAUCUGAUGCGUGUGUGUAACGUUUGCAACAGUACUCAACCAAGAUAUCAACUCCAUCCAGACCAUUCCAACGCUAACCCACAAUCUAAAUAUCUGGCGUACCGACAGUGCUUGCCUGGCUGCGUAGUGGUACAAAAUAAUACGUCUUAUAAGCAAACUUCCAUGACUUCUGAUAAAGUAGAUAAUGUCCUGCUUACGAAUGAUAUUUUAUGCGAGGCUUAUGACGGAGCUAAAACACAACAACAAGUUAAAAACGAUCCUCAAAGGCUCAAAAGUGAUCAGAGGGAUCAAGGUAAGAAAUCAAGGGUCUGGGUUCUACUAGACAUGAAUGAACCAUCUGGAUGA